ACCCAUAAUCCUUUCCCUCUUUCCUGACUGAUUUUUCGCUGCCACGAUGAAAGUCGAACUCUGUAGCUUCAGUGGUUACAAGAUUUAUCCCGGCCAUGGCCGACGAUAUGCCAGGAUUGACGGAAAGGUCUUCCAGUUCCUGAACGCCAAGUGCGAAUCAGCUUUCCUGGCCAAGAGGAACCCCAGGCAGAUCAACUGGACCGUUCUGUACAGGCGGAAGCACAAGAAGGGCCAAUCUGAAGAUGUGGCUAAGAAACGCAGUCGCCGGGCUGUCAAGUUCCAGAGGGCCAUCACCGGUGCCUCCUUGGCCGAUAUCAUGGCGAAGAGGAAUCAGAAGCCCGAAGUCCGGAAGGCGCAGAGAGAGCAGGCGAUAAGGGCCGCAAAGGAGGCAAAGAAAGCCAAGCAGGCUACGAAGAAGCCGUCAGCUGCAUCAGGUGCAAAGGCUCCCGCGAAGGCAGCUCCUAAACAGAAGAUCGCUAAGCCAAUGAAAAUGAAUGCACCCCGUGUUGGAGGAAAGCGCUAAGGUGUUGAUUGAGCUGGUUAUUCAUAAAGGGGGGAGAAAUGGUGACUCGGACUCUCAGUUUUCUUGGUGUAUUGCAUCCGUUGUGCUAUUGAUGUUAUAGUCACUUUAUUUUGUGGUCUGAUGUAGGCCUAUGUUAUUAACAAAUUCCAAGAGUAGACUAAGGCUACCAUCACUUAGCCUAAUAUAAAAAUAAGAGCUGUUAAACACUAGAUCAGUGUUUUCAUCAAUUUGUCAUGACUUAUGAAUGUUGAAUAAUUCUCAUGUAGAAUAAUUCUCAGGUUCAAUUUUGGAACCAUACCAGCAAUAAACCAGACUUCUCCAAA